GGGGGAGGGGGAGUGGAAAGAGAAGUGGGGGGAGUGUGUAAUGAUUUGGAGUGCUGAAAGCCAGGCGCAAUUUAUUUAAUUCUUGGACGAGAAAACUCGAAGAAACUGCGACCAGUCGGGGCGAAGCGUUUAAUUUUACGGAACAUGAACCCCGUCGCGAGCAUGCCACCCUGAGGUCAGUGGAACGGUGAGUUAUCAGCAGCGAGAAAAACAGAAAAGACAGACUGCAGCAGACGACAUUUUAGCGUCGUGCGAGAGUGGGUGUAAACGCACGAGUUUCUUUGUAACGAAACGAGUAAAUUCUGACAGGAUGUGCUUAUUUCGCAGUGACGCAGUGACACUCCCAGCCCCGCCAGCUUCGAGGUUGGCCUCCGUCCCGUCUUUUUGUACUUAACCUCGCAGUACAUGCAAGUUCUUCUCAUCUAUUGUCUGCAUCUUAGUUUGGCAGCCUAACAUUUUUGAACAGAUAUGAAUUCUUAGAUUUGGUGUGGACACACCCCCAGACUACAGUUUUGUUUCCAAAUGCCCUCCGAUUACCUUGUUUCUUUCCUUAUCUUCUUUAUCUUUUGUCACAAAGGAUUCUUUAUCUUGUUCAGUACUCUUAGAUUGCUACGCAUUUCUUUUCCCCUAAGGAUUUGUUAUCUGUCCUUCUAAGGGGCAUGUUCAGUCUGCUCAAGUUUUCUCCGCUGUGAACUGUUGAAGACUCUUGUUUGUGUUGUGCUGGUGCCCAAUCAACAGAUUGGCAAGUGUGCAUUGUCACAUUGCUUUGUGGUGUGUGUGUUGGUGUCUGUGUGUUGGGGCCUGGUUAGGGGAGUUUCAAAUGGGCCAACAUGCUGCCAGAUCCACACUGCCAGUCGUUUUGUUUUACUUGCACUGUGGUUGGCAGCCGCACCGCCGCCAUGGCCAACUGGACGUCGCCGUCGGCCUCGGUGUGGCUGGACGGGCUGUUCUACCUCGCCGUGGCCCUGUCCCUGGCCAAGCUGGCCCUGGUGGCGUGGGGCUCGCCCGCCGCCUCCGCCUGCCUUCGGAUCAUCGGCGAGUGGCUCUGGGAGAUAAGCGCUCCAGCACGCAGGGCAGCAUGA